GAUCUUUUCUUCAGGGAAAAGGGAAUAAAAACCAAAACAAAGCAAGGAAGAGAAUGAGACACCGAUAACGACGACGAUGGCGGAGAAAAAACCAAGCAGAGCUUCCAUGGAGGAGCUCGACCUCGACGCCUUCCUCCGAUUCCACGGCGAUGACCUCUACUCCUCAAGCAGCGACGACGACGAUGAGCAAUCCGCCGCCGCCCGCCGCCGGACCGUCGACGAACUCCUCCACUCUACCUCCUCCUCCUCCUCCUCCUCUCCCCCCACCCCCUCUCGGAUCCCUCUCCUCGUCUCCGAUACCCAACCCAAAGAGGAAUCCCCAAUCCCCCAAGAACACGACCAAAGAUCCGGCCGAGAAGAAGAACAAGAAGAAGAGUCCACCAGCUCAACCGUCGAUUGGAGAAGGAGAUCCCGAGAGGUUCCCUCCUCUGUCUCCCUUUCUUCUCUAGGCCUCCGGAGCUACUAUAACUCUACUGCCUCCUCCUCUUCUUCUUCGUCGCGCCUCUUGCCUCCUCUCUUUGGCAGCGUCCGGCCGAACCCUAAGCCGGGGGCUGCACUCGCUGCCGCUGCUGCCACUUCCCGCUCCAUCCCAACGCCGCAUGCUGCAGCGAUCAAGUCCCAGAGAGCCGGCAGCGGAUCUCUUCAGAAGGUCCUCGAGGAACCAGCUGUGGAUCCAGAGGAGGUCGUCGGUUCUGGAGGAUUGGAUGGUUCGGAGCUCUCGGAGGCCACUCCGUCGACUGGGAACUUCGGAGUGGAGGAUGAUGAUAGGGGACCGGUGGUUUCAGCAGUUUCGCGAUCUUCUUCAGAGGCUGAAGUAGUGGCAGUUUCUGAAGAACUCCGUAGUGAAGAAGUAUCAGGAGGUGGUGGUGGAUCUAGUAUUGACGAAGAGAUUGAGACCACUGGGCAAUUAGAAGCCAAGGAAGAUGUGGUGAAUUCAGUUGAGCCUUUGGUCAUCAGUGAUGAGAAUGCCCAAACGGUGGAUGAGAAUUUGCCUCCUACAGAUGAAGGUAGUUCUGUUGCUGAAAUUGUCGAGGAUGACAAAAAUGAAGUAGAUUUGGAAGUGCCCAAAUCCGAAAAAGAUGAUUUUGAUAAGAGUACUCCUGAUGGAGAAAUAAGUUCCGUUGGAGACGAAGCUCAGGUUGGAAGUGAGAUUGAUAAAGUAGUCGAAGAGAGGUUAGGUCAGCUGGAGAACAGUAAGAAGGCUGAGAAGAAAGCGGAGAAGAAACUACGUGCUUCUAUGAAGCCACUGGAAUGGGCUGAAGAGAUUGAAAAGAGGCAGGCAUCGUCAGGCCUGCACUGGGAGGAGGGGGCAGCUGCCCAGCCAAUGAGGCUCGAGGGCAUCCAAAGGGGACCUCCUGCUGUUGGAUAUUUGCAAAUUGACCUCGACAAUGCGAUCACUCGUGCCAUUUCAUCACAAGCAUUCAGGCACGACCAUGGCUCCCCUCAAGUCCUGGCAGUUCAUAUGAACUUUAUAGCCUUGGGCAUGUCGAAAGGAGCUGUUCUUGUUGUUCCCAGCAAAUAUUCUGCUUAUAGUGCUGAUAAUAUGGAUACAAAGAUGUCGACACUUGGUUUCCAUGGUGAGAAAGUUCAAACACCUGUAACUUCAAUGUGCUUCAACCAGCAAGGUGACCUACUUUUGGUAGGAUAUGGUGAUGGUCAUCUGACAGUUUGGGAUGUGCAAAAAGCAACAGCAGCAAAAGUAAUCACUGGGGAACAUACGGCUCCAGUAGUGCAUACGUUGUUUCUAGGGCAGGAUUCCCAAGUUACACGUCAAUUUAAAGCUGUUACUGGAGAUUCUAAGGGACUUGUUUCAUUACAUACUUUCUCAGUUGUUCCUUUGCUCAAUCGUUUCUCUGUCAAGACUCAGUGUCUUCUUGAUGGUCAAAAAACUGGCACUGUGUUAUCGGCUUCUCCUCUUUUGAUGGAUGAGACUUAUGGAUUUGGCUACACAUCUGCCCAAGGGAACUCAGCAACCACUAGUGGUCUUGGUAGCAUGAUGGGAGGUGUUGUUGGUGGCGUAGUUGGAGGAGAGGCUGGAUGGAAGCUUUUCAAUGAAGGUUCUUCAGUGGUGGAAGAAGGUGUAGUCAUAUUUGUCACCCAUCAAAAUGCUCUAGUGGUUAGACUGAGUCCCAGUGUAGAAGUUUAUGAGAAAUUUCCCAGACCAGAUGGGGUACGAGAAGGAUCAAUGCCUUACACUGCAUGGAAAUCCACAACAUGUUUGCAUGACUCAUCUCUUGAAGCAUCUGAUAGGGUUUCAUGGCUUGCAAUUGCAUGGGAUCGGAGGGUCCAAGUGGCCAAGUUGGUCAGAUCAGAAAUGAAAAGAUACAAAGAAUGGAACCUUGAUAGUGCAGCAAUAGGUGUGGCAUGGUUAGGUGAUCAGAUGUUAGUGAUGCUUACCCUGAGAGGACAGCUCUGCUUGUUUGCCAAAGAUGGAAAUGAACUUCACCGAACCAGUUUCAUUGUAGAUGGUUUGGGAAUUGAUGAUAUGAUCACAUAUCACACCCACUUUUCUAAUAUUUUUGGAAAUCCAGAAAAGGCUUAUCAGAAUGCAGUAUCUGUAAGAGGGGCCACUAUAUAUAUACUCGGGCCGAUGCAUCUUAUAAUUUCUCGUCUUCUUCCUUGGAAGGAACGCAUUCAAGUGUUGCAGAGGGCGGGUGAUUGGAUGGGUGCAUUGGACAUGUCAAUGAGGCUCUACGAUGGCCAUGCACAUGGUGUUAUUGAUCUUCCAAGAACUGUUGAUUCUAUAAGGGAGGUCAUAAUGCCAUUUCUGGUAGAGUUACUGUUGUCAUAUGUAGAUGAAGUUUUCUCCUAUAUUUCAAUUGCUUUUUGCAACCAAACUGAUAAAGGGGGAUGGAUGGGAGGUCCAAAGAUCACAGACAGUUCCAUGUGCACAGAGGUAGAGGAGCAAUAUGCUCGUGUUGGUGGUGUUGCAGUAGAAUUUUGUGUUCACAUCAAAAGGACCGACAUCUUGUUUGAUAGUAUCUUCUCCAAAUUUGUUGCUGUUUGGCAUGGAGGUACAUUCUUGGAGAUUUUGGAGCCAUAUAUAUUAAGGGACAUGCUUGGGUGCCUUCCUCCUGAGAUCAUGCAAGCCUUAGUAGAGCAUUAUAGUGGCAAAGGAUGGUUGCAACGGGUUGAACAAUGUGUUCUGCACAUGGACAUCUCUUCCUUGGAUUUCAAUCAGGUUGUCAGGUUAUGCCGUGAGCAUGGAUUGUAUGGUGCACUGAUAUAUCUUUUCAAUCGAGGUUUAGAUGACUACAAGACACCUUUAGAGGAGCUUUGUGCAGUUGUACAACAUAAUCAGAGAAAGGAUGUUGCUGCUAUUGGCAGGUACAAGAUGCUUGUCUAUCUGAAGUAUUGCUUUCAAGGUCUAGCAUUUCCCCCAGGACAUGGUACUCUUCCUCUUUCUCGAGUUCAUUCAGUUAGAAAAGAAUUGUUGCAGUUUUUACUGGAGGAUUCUAAGUCUUCUACCGCUCAAGUAAUGAAAAGUUUGAAGUCAUAUUCUGGAAGGUGCUCAAACCUAUGUUCUCUCCUGUGGUUGGACACAGAAGCAACACUAGAUGUUCUUAGAUGUUCUUUCACACAAGAGGAACCCAAAAAAAUAGAUAGUUCCUUGACUGAUUUGGCUGAAUCUAAUAUUGAACAUGGAAAAGGAAUUGAUUUUGAGAGCCAAGACUAUCAGAAUGUAAUGGUACAGAAUAUCACAAGCACACUUAUAGAAGUUCUUGAUUUGGAAUCUGAUGUGAUCAGAACCUUUGUCAUGGAUGACAAUAUGGCCGUUUGGCCUUCUAAAAAGGACUUAGGUCAUAUCCUUGAGUUCAUUGCAUUUCUCAUUUCUUGUAAGAAAGCGAGUAUUUCUGGGAGGGUAUUAAUGCAUAUUCUUGAAUAUUUGACAUCAUGCGGUCUGACACCAAAUGAUCCCAGCCUGAAAACUGAAUCUUCUCAGAAGGAGAAACAGGUACUCACACUUUUGAAGGUGGUGCCACAGACGGACUGGAAGUAUGAUGAUGUGCUGCAUCUCUGCAUGAAGGUUAAUUUUUAUCAGGCAUGUGGCUUAAUACAUGCAAUCACGGGCCAGUAUAUUGCUGCUUUAGAUAGUUAUAUGAAGGACUUCAAUGAACCUGUCCAUGCUUUUGCUUUUAUAAACAAAAUGCUGAUACAGUUAAAGAAUACUGAUGCUUCAUCUUUUCGGUCAGCAGUGAUUUCUCGAAUACCUGAGCUGGUCAAGCUGAGCAGAGAAUGCACCUUUUUUUUGGUCAUUGACCAAUUUAGUAGUGAAAGUAAGCAUAUUCUGUCGGAGCUUCAUUCUCAUCCACACAGCCUCUUCCUUUUCUUAAAAACUGCUGUUGAUGUUCACUUGUCUGGCACUCUCAACUUUUCUGUGCCUAAAACUGUCUGGGUUUCGGAUAUUCCAUCUGGAAGAAUAAGAGAUACUCAUGAUGAACUUGAAGCGUAUAUGGAAAGGCUAUCAAACUUUCCAAAGCCUUUGCAUCAUAAUGCAAUUUAUGUAACUGAUGAAUUGGCAGAACUGUAUUUAGAGCUCUUAUGCCAGUUUGAGCGCAACUCAGUUCUGAAGUUCCUCGAGACCUUUGAUAGUUACAGGUUGGAGCAUUGUUUACGUCUUUGUCAAGAAUAUGGGGUUACAGAUGCGGCUGCUUUUUUGCUGGAAAGAGUUGGUGAUGUUGGCAGUGCUUUAACACUUGUCAUGGCUGGGCUGAAGGAAAAAAUUGACUUUCUUGUUGCUGCUGUGGAAAAUUCAUCUUCUGAGAUCGUGUCAAAUAAUAUUACUGAGAUGGAGCAGCUUAAUUAUGUUUUGCAAAUAAAUGAGGUUGUCUCUGUGCAUGAUGUAUUGCACACCUCUAUUGGCCUAUGCCAAAGAAAUACUCAACGUUUAGAUCCACAAGAAUCUGAGUCCCUUUGGUUUCGGUUGCUUGACUCGUUUUCUGAGCCGUUGAAGAGAUUCUAUGGCAACAAAGCAGUAUCUGAAGGACAAAGUUAUGUUGGCAGUUCACCUGCAAGUUCUGAUAUGGGGUUCAAAAAGUGUACUGGUAUUUUGCGAAGAGUGUUGUCACAAUUUGUUGGGGAAAUCAUAGAGGGAAUGACUGGAUUUGUACCCCUCCCAGUCAUCAUGGGCAAACUCCUUUCUGACAAUGGGAAUCAAGAGUUUGGUGAUUUUAGAUUCACCAUAUUGAAGAUGUUGGGGACAUAUGGCUAUGAGAGAAGAAUACUGGACACGGCUAAAUCAUUAAUUGAGGAUGAUACAUUCUACACCUUGAGCCUGCUAAAGAAGGGGGCAUCUCAUGCAUAUGCUCCACAAGAUUUUACUUGCUGUAUUUGUGGCUGCUCUCUUACCAAGGACUACUCUAGUUUGGGAAUUCGAGUAUUCAGUUGUGGUCACUCGAUGCAUCUCCAUUAUGAAUCUGAGAAUGAAUCAUCCAACAGCGAGUCAUCAGUUGCAUGCCCAAUUUGUCUAACAAAGAACCAGAAUGGACAAAGCAAAUCAAUUCUUGUGCAGAAUGGGUUGGUCAAAUAUUCUGCAUCAGGCUCCCAACCGUCACAAGGGACUGUUCGUCACCUGCAUGAACCAGAUACUGCAGAGAAGAGUUAUGGGCUUCAACAGAUGUCUCGGUUUGAAAUAUUGAGUAUCCUUCAGAAAGCUCAGCGAUCUCUUCAAGUUGAUACUCUUCCUCAAUUUAGACUCUCACCUCCGGCUAUAUAUCAUGAAAAGGUCAGAAAAGAAGGAGCUAGUUCUGUGAUGGGAGAGACAAGCGAUACUUCAAUCAAAAGUGAAAAGCCAAAUAAACGUUGGCAACUGAGGGAGCUAAGAUCAAAAGGAUCGCCAAACCGGUUUCCCUUGAAGUCAAAUAUAUUUGGUACUGAGAAAAAUAAGGUGCGCUAGUAUGAUAUGCGGUGUUGUCAGGAAACAAUGAUUUUGCCCUAUUGUUAGACGAACAAGUCAGUAAUAGAUAGGCAGUGGUGGUUCCACCACCUAGACAUACAGAUCUAAUUUUAAAUAUUAAAAAAUAAUGCUUUAUAUUAAGCGGAUGUUCAAGUGGUAUAAGAGGAAGAAGAAGAAAGAACAAUAACACCUGCAUUGCAAACUCGGGAAGAGACGAAGGAAGCAGACGUGUGCAUUUUGGUACAUAGACACAAUUCAGAAUCCAUGAUUUGCGUUCUGAUCAAGCUUUUUCUGUUGUGCUGACAAUAUACUUUUCUUUCAGUAGACAGCCCUUUGUCCAUUUGCCUUGACGGUUCAUGUAACGUCUUGAGAAAUCAUAAUGGUUACUUUUGCCCUUUUGCAGUGGAUGCGUUGCCCAACAUUGUUGUCUGAUAUAUGUAAAUUCUGAUAUUAUGUAUCCAACAAACAGCAUUUCUGGUCUUUGGCAAUGACCAUUAAUAUAGAUGGCAGCCAUAUUCUUUCAUCAA